AUGCGAAUACCAUCCGAUAUUCUUCUGCCGUCCCUUUUCCUCGGCCUCGGCCAGGAUAACCAGGUUCCCUUGUCUCCGUCCGCCCCCCAAGUCCCCACCGCCGCCAAGGAGCUCGUGAGUUCUGAAGCGCUCCAGAGCCACGUCGAUUCCAACAACCUCCUGAAGAGAGCGGAAGCCUUAUAUAAGAUCGCUGAGCUGGGCAAUGAUGAGUACAAUCACCCGACCCGAGUAAUCGGAAGCAAGGGCCAUCUGGGGACGAUCGACUACAUCUAUUCCACCAUCACCGAUCUCGGAGACUACUAUUCCGUGACAAACCAGUCAUUUCCCGCCGUGUCGGGGAACGUAUUCGAGUCCCGUCUCGUCCUCGGCCAUGAAGUCCCGAAAUCCGCAACUCCGAUGGGAUUGACCCCGGCCACCACGGACAAACAGCCGGUAUACGGGUCGUUGAUUGCAGUGUCAAAUGACGGGUGCGAGGCGACCGACUAUCCGUCGUCCUUGGCUGGUGGAAUUGCAUUCAUCCGCCGUGGCACCUGUCCAUUUGGUACCAAGUCCGAUCUUGCAGGGAAAGCGGGGGCCAUCGCGGCGGUCGUAUACAAUAACGAAAAAGGGGACCUCAGUGGUACACUCGGCACUCCCACCCCGGACCACGUAGCCACGUGGGGCCUCUCUGAUACCGACGCGGCUCCUUUCCUAAAGCAGCUGAAAGAUGGUGAAAAGGUGGAUGGCAUCGCCUACAUGGACGCUGUAGUCGACACCAUCAUCACCACCAAUAUCAUCGCGCAGACCACUGAUGGGGACCCCGACAAUUGCGUGAUGCUUGGGGCGCACAGUGACAGUGUCGCUGAAGGCCCUGGUAUCAACGACGAUGGAUCUGGUAGUCUGACCCUCCUGGAGCUUGCGACCGCCCUCUCUCAUUACCGCGUCAACAAUUGCGUUCGUUUCGCCUGGUGGGCUGGAGAGGAGGAAGGCUUGCUUGGGUCCGACUACUACGUUUCCGUCUUGACACCAGAGCAGUCGAAAGUCAUUCGACUAUUCAUGGAUUACGACAUGUUGGCGUCUCCAAACUACGCGUUCCAGGUCUACAAUGCCACCAAUGCAGUGAACCCGACUGGAUCAGAGGAGCUCCGGGAUCUCUACACCGAUUUCUACGAACGACAUGGUCUAAACUUUACCUACAUUCCGUUCGACGGACGUAGUGAUUAUGAUGCAUUCAUCCGACACGGCAUCCCGGGUGGUGGGAUUGCUACAGGUGCCGAGGGAGUGAAGACACAGGCAGAGCAAGAGAUGUUUGGCGGAACUGCAGGGGAGUGGUAUGAUCCGUGUUAUCACCAGAUCUGUGAUACAGUGGCCAACGUUAACCUCACGGCGUGGGAAUGGAACACUAAGCUUGUUGCUCACUCGAUUGCAACGUAUGCCAGGUCGUUCGAUGGAUUCCCGGAGCGAGAGGAAUUAUCUGUCAAGGACAUUCCUUCUCCGGAUUGGAAGUACCAUGGCCACCGCCUGCAGCUUUAG